AUGACAGAUCACGAUCCACGUGCAGCCAUGUUGAGCGAGUCCGCGACACAGCUGAGGAGGGAUCUUUCUUGCGAAGAUAUAGAAAUGACGGCUGACAUGUCGGUCUUUGAAUUGGGGGCAAGGGAGACUCACGAAGAAACUGCAGACUGGGAAAACGUGGAAGACCUCGAGGAUGUCGACGCCGUUUUGGACCGCGAAAUCGAGAAUGUCGGCGCCGUCUUGGACUGUGAAAGCGAGGAUGAUGAUGAUGAUGGAGCUGGGGACAAUGGCAAGUGCUGUUGUUGCCAACGGGAUCAGUUGACGGCUGAAGAACGGAAAGAACGUGAUGCGGUGGUACCAUAUCUUUUGAUGCAUGCGUACCAUCUUCCCGAGAAUCAUACUUGGAGACAAGACAUGUGGCAGUACCUUACGAAUAAUCAUCCCAUCUUUGGCAUUUGCCUGCACCACCGUUUUCAUCCGCUGAGCUGGAAGAUUCGAGUUGUCACCUUACUGGGGAGCAUGCUGUUUGGUUUGGCAUUGACCAACAUCAUCUUUUUGCUGUUUGUGUUUACAGAUCAAGACGAGACGUUUGAAAUGUCGGUGUUUGAAUUCGAAACCAACUUGACAAGGACCGGAUUGAACAGCGAUCUCGACGACACGGUAUCCAGCAUCAGUGUCACCACGGGCAACAUUGUUCUUUGGACCGUUGGAGCGCUCAUUCAUUCCAUUUACGACAACACGAUUUGGUCCCUGGCUGCCUGCACGUGCUGUACCCUGCACAGCAGUGGUGGACAAGAGGGGGACUCACAAGAUUGGGAUCGCCGAGUGCGACGGUACCGCAGCACGGGAUCCUUCUUGGUGAUGGUUUCAGUUGUCCUGGUCACUGCCAUUGCUUCGUUUGCCGUCAUGCUCCGUGCAGCAUUGGAGGCAGAUCAAGAGAUUGACGUUUCCAGCCUGAACAUUACCUCUUCUGUUGAUUCUGAUAACGAUGGUCCGAACAUUUUGGAGUCGCCCACUCAAGUCCAAGAACAACUGGAGUCAGUCUACUACUACGAACAGGACUUUGCCGAUUACUCGUUUGUGGUCAGUUAUCUUGUGGAGCUGAUCCUUUCGUAUCUGAUCUACUAUCCCAUUUUUGGCGCUAUUUUGUUUUCUGGAUGCUUGACUUGUGGAAGAUUCCCUGUCAUUGGUGGCCGGCCGUACGAAUUGCGACAGCUGGAACGACUGGCACAACAAGCCAAGGAGGAGGCAGAAGAGGUCAUGGAAGAAGGAGUCGAAGUCGUCGAUUGGAAGUCCCAGCAACUUAUCAAGAUGGCAAGUGGGGACAGGGAGCAAGGAGGGGAAGAGAGUUGUGACGAAAGAAGUGAAGAAGCAAAGCUAAAGGCAGAUGGUGGCGAAGACGAGGAAGUCAGCAGCACAGUGAGUGACACAAGAGAAGACGAAGAAGACGAAGAAGACGACGACGAUGUGGGUCCUGACCUGGCCGAGUUCUAG